AUGGCGUCUCCAAGCUCAAAUCCCCAGAUCCACUUAUCAAUGGUUAAUGUAGCAAACUUUGUAUCCAUCAAGCUAUGUGGUGAAUCCAACUACAUUCCAUGGAAAACCCAGAUUAUUUGUCUCCUUCAAAGUCAUGAUUUAUUUGGAUUCGUUGAUGGAACAAUCCAAUUUUCUCUACAGACCAUUGCUCCUGGCGAUGACGAUGACGAUGAGCCCAAAGAAGAGGAAAAAGGGGAAGAGAUGGGAAAUGAGGAAGAUAAAUUGCAAAGGAAAAGGAAUGAUGGGUUUGUUAAAGGAUGGAUCUUCGGUUCUCUUAGUGAUCAACUUCUUCAGGAUAAAGCGGUUCAUAAAUUAGAUUCGGCUAGAGAGGUUUGGUUGGUUUUAGAGAAACUUUACAGCCCUAAAUCUCAAGAUGGUAGCAGUAUCAAGCGUGCUGAAAGCACUGAAUCAAAGAGAGAUUAUAGUUGGUACUUGCCACUAUAUAGAGCUUCACUAAGUGGAGAUUGGAAGAAAGCAGAAGAAUUCUUGAAACGAGAUGAAGAAGCAAGUAGAGCUCAAAUCAACUCUCUUUUACAGACAGCACUCCAUGUAGCAGUUGGAGUGAAGGGUGAAAAAGGCAAGCAUUUCGUGAAGAAGUUGGUGGCGACUAUAAAAAACAAAGAAGAUUUAACCAUAAGGGAUUGCCUUGGUGAAACUGCUCUUCAUUAUGCUGCUAGAUUUGGCAACUUAGACGCAGCUAAAAUCCUUGCAACAAGUUAUCCUCGUUUACUAGAUAUUGAUUGUUUCGAUGGUCUAUAUCCAAUCCAUUAUGCAGCUGAAUAUGGAUACUUUUCUGUGGAUGUGUUUGCUUACUUCUUGAGUGUCACUAAAGACUCUGCUCCUUAUACUGGCCUUAAAGGUGUUAGGCUUCUCUACAGAUUAAUCCACUCAGACUUGUAUGAUUUUGCCAGAGAGUUGGUCGAAGAGUAUCCUGAUUUGGCAAAAUAUGAUUCAGACGGAAAAUCUGCUUUGAAGGAGCUUGCCAUGAAGGAAUUUACUUUCCUCAGCGGAAGUCAUCUAAACUUUUGGCAACAAUUACUCUACUAUUGUGUUCCUGUCAAGUCAACUUCACGGAGUCGCCAAAGAAGACCAAACACCAAUGAUCUGGAGAAUGACUCACAAAUGGUUAAGACAAAGUAUGUAAGAAUUUACUUCAGGACUGUGAUCAAGAAGUUGCAUACCCUUAUUUUUGGUGUUCUUGAAAUUGUAGUGCCUCCUUUGAAGCACAUCCGGAAGAAAAAGUUGAUUCAUCACAAUGCAGUUAAGUAUGCAGAAUGCUUAUGUGAGAAAAUAGAAACUCUGAAUGACAAAGAAGUUGACUCCAUUGUCAGCCGUCCUCUGCUUGAUGCAGCAUGUUAUGACACCUAUGAGCUUGUUGAAAUUAUUUUCAGAAAAUUUCCUUCUUUAGCUUAUUGUUAUGAUCAAGAUUCGAAGAAUAUAUUGCACAUUGCAAUUGAGCAUCGCUGCGAAAAUGUGUUUAAUUUGAUCUGUCAGAUGAGCCAGCUUCAGCACCAGUUGAUGGUUUCCGUAGACUCCUCUGGCAACACCGUAUUGCAUUUGGCUGGAAAGAUGGCACGAAAUAAGUUAAACCUUGUCUCUGGACCAGCUCUUCAGAUGCAACGAGAACUACAAUGGUUUAAGGAAGUAAAGAAGAUUGUACCACCUUUGUACUGGGAAUCCUUAAACGGUGAGAAGAAUGCUCCGUAUGUGGUAUUUACUGAUGAACAUGAGAAGUUGAAGGUAGAUGGAGAAAAAUGGAUGAAAGAUACAUCAAGCUCAUGCACAAUCGCAGCAGCACUGAUUGCUACCAUCGCAUUUGCUGCCGCAAUCACAGUACCAGGUGGCAACGAACAACAAAGUGGACUCCCCAUUUUCUCUGGAAACAUUGCUUUCAUCAUUUUUGCAAUCUCGAAUGCAGCUUCAUUGUUUACUUCAAGCACCUCUCUAUUAGUGUUCUUGUCAGUUUUGACGUCUCGUUAUGCAGAAGAAGAUUUCCUGCAUACUUUGCCAAGUAGUCUUAUCCUGGGACUGCUAACUCUGUUUCUUUCCAUAACAUCCAUGAUGAUAAGCUUUAGUGCAACGGUGUAUCUCGUGUUUGGGCAGAAGAAAGCAUGGGUUCUUGUACCAGUCGCAACAAUGGCUUGCCUACCGAUUACUUCAUUUGUGCUUCUACAAUUUCCCCUCCUUGUUGCUCUCAUUUCCUCAACAUAUGGGGCUGGCAUUUUUGGAAAGAAGAGUAACCUCUUGUUUUAGUGACGAAUUUUGUUAUUGUUAUUAUUAUUUAUAUUUAUAUUACUUUAAAAACACGAAAGUCCUUAGAAUUUCAACAUUUAACUUUGUGUCCUUUGCUGAAAGACAAUAACAUAUACAAUUUUCAUUUA